AUGAGCGGUCUUGAGCAGCGGCUAGAGACUCUGGCGACACAACAGGCUCAAGUGCACUCGGCGGCCGCGACGGCCGCCGCCGCCGAAGUGGCGGAAUUCGCAGCCGACAUACAAGAGAAGGUGCAGCAAGCGGCGCAGCGGCUUGACGCGCUUGCAGCGCAGCAGGUUGCAACCGCGGGGCAGCUGUCGGGGCGGCUGGAGGCUGCAGCUGCGGACGCCGCCCAGAAGCUGGAGGCCUUGUCGGCGCAGCUGGAGACGGCCCGCGCCCAGGCGGCGGAGGACGCCGCACACCUGGACGCCCUGGAUGCGGCAGCUGCGGACAGCACCGCCGCGGCUCAACAGGCCGCGGCUGCCGCGGCCGCGGCGCUGGCGCAGGCAGGGGAGGCUGGCAGUGGCGUCAGCCAGCUGGGGGUAGCUGUGGCGGCUGCAGGGGAGAGGCUGGAUGCGUUUGAGGCGGUUGCCACGGACGCAGCCGCAACUGCGCAACUUGCAGCCGAGUUGCAAGACAAGGUGCAGCUGGCAGAGCGGCGAGUGGAUGCGCUUGCAGCGCAGCAGGCGGCGUCCUCAGAGCAGCUGUCAGCGCGGCUGGACGCUUCAGCCGCUGACGCCGCAUCUGCGGCUGAGAGACUGGAGGGGCUUUCGGCGCAGCUGGCGGCGGCGCGCGCCCAGGCGGCCGAGGACGCCGCGCGCCUGGACGCCCUGGAUGCGGCAACUGCAGGGGCCGCGGCGGCAGCUCAGCAGGCAAAUGCUGCCGGAGCCGCAGCGCUGGCAGAGGCAGAGGAGGCGGGCACUGGUUUGAGGCAGCUUGCUGGGGCCGUGGCGGCCGCGACGGAGAGGCUUGACGCGGUCAUAGCGGAUGUAGCUGAGACAACGCAACUGGCAACCGCAUUGCAAGAGAAGGUGCAGCUGGCGGAGAGUCGGGCGGACACGCUUGCAGCGCAGCAGGCAGUUUCCUCAGACCAGUUGUCAGGGCGGCUGGAGGCUUCAGCCGCUGAUUACGCCCAAAGGCUGGAGGCGUUCUCGGCACAGGUGGCUGCUGCGCGCGCCCAGGCGGCAGAGGACGCCGUGCGCCUGGAUGCCCUGGAUGCGGCGGCCGCAGGGGCUGCAGAGGCAGCACAGCAGGCGGCAGCGUCCGCGGCCGCCGCGCUGGCGCGAGCAGAGCAGGCUGGCAGUGGUGUGAAGCAGCUUACGGGGGCCGUGGCGGUCGCAGAGGAGAGGCUGCAUGCGUUUGAGGCGGUUGCAGCGGGUGCGGCGCCCAAGGAAGCAGCAGCUGCCCUUGAGGAGAAGCUGCGCGCUGUCCAGCAGCGGCUGGAGACAAUGGCGACCCAGCAGGCACAAGAGCACGCAGCAGUGGCGGCCGCCGCAGCGGAAGCAGCAAAAUCGGCGGCCGAUGUGCAAGUGCAGGUGCGCCAGGCGAUGCAACAGGUGGAGCAGCUGUCAGCCGAGCAGGCAGCGUCCGCAGCACAGCUGUCAGAGCAGCUGCAGGCCUCCGUUACCAACGUGUCCAGGAAAAUGGGGGCUCUUGCAGUGCAGCUGGAGACGGCCCGCGCCCAGGCGGACGAGGACGCCGCGCGCCUGGACGCGCUUGACGCGGUGGCCGCAGGCAGCGCAGCGGCAGCUGAGGGAGCGGCUGCAGCCGCAGCAGUUGCCCUGGCGCGAGCCGAGGAGGUCGGCAGCGGUAUGAAACAGCUCACGGAGGCCGUGGCGGCCGCAGGGGAGAGGCUUGACGCGUUCGAGGCGGUCGCAGCGGACGCGGCCGCGGCCGGGCCGCCCGGCGUGCUGCUCUCUCCGCUGUCCGACGGCGACGAGGCCCCGGCCGCCGCAGCGGGCGCCCUCCCCGGCUUCACCCCCGAGCCGCAGCCGGCCGGCCCGGCCGCCGCCCGCCGCUCGCUUUUCGCGGCGCCGCGGCUGACGCCGGGCGGCCGCACAGUGCGCAGCAGCGUCGACAGCCUCGACUCGCUCUCGGUGUCGCGCCAGAGGGGCGGACGCGCGACAAUCAGCUACGCGCCGCCGAGCCCGGGCGCGUCCGGGGCGAUGGGCCGCAGCACGAGUGCGGCGCGGCGUGCGUACGACAACACCCUGUUUGCGGAUGACACGAGCGCAGGCGGCGCGGACGCGGUGGGGGAGCCGUCGACGGCGAUAAGCAUGAUGCGGCGCACGCCGAUCGCGGUCGCGGGCACCGGCGGCGAGGGCGAGACGCCCGCAGCGUUCUUCAGCUGCGGGGCGUUUUACAGCAACGAAGCGUUUGAGGACGAGGGCGCGAGCGCGGAGGAGUGGCGGCGCGGCACCGGCGCCGGCGGCGCCGGGCGCACGUCUGCGGCGGCAGCGGCUGCGCUGCGGCGCGAGUUGUUUGCGGGUGAUGAGGCGGAGGAGGACGCGGCAAGCGUCGAACUUGUUGGAUCAGAAGAUGCAGCGGCAGCGGCGCAGCAGGCCGUGGCCACCCGGUUGGCUGGUGAGCAGGCGCUUCCUGGAGGCGAAGCGAUCACAGCAGCUGAGGCUGUCUGGAGCACCCAGCAUGAGAGGGUGGCCGCCGAGCUCGCAGCUGCAGAUGCCGAGCAAGCAGCUGCAGCGCCUGCGGCCGCAGAGCAGGCUGAGGCUGAGCGCUUGGCUGCUGAGCAGGCAACAGCGAUGGCAGCUGCAGCGCCUGCGACCGCAGAGCAGGCUGAGGCUGAGCGCAUGGCUGCUGAGCAGGCCAAGGCCACUGCAGCGGCAGAAGCGGCGGCAGAAGCGGCGGCAGCUGAGCAGGCUGAGGCUGAGCGCAUGGCAGCCGAGCAGGCAACAGCAAUGGCAGCCGAGCAAGCUGAAGCCGAGCGCUUGGCACGCGAGCAUGCGGCCGCAGCGGCGGCAGCUGCAGAGCAGGCCGAGGCUGAUUGCCUAGCAGGAGAGCAGGCGUCAGCAGCAGCCGCUGCGGAGGCGGAGCGCUUGAUGGCAGAGCGCAAUGUUGCAGCGGCCACCGCAGCAGCGGCGGCUGAGGCUGACUACAUCGCGGAUGGCCGGGCGGCAGCAGAGCGUGCAGCGGGGGAUGAGGCGCGUGCUGGUGACGCCGCAGCUACCACAGUAGAGCAGGCUGGUGAUGACCCAGGUUGGAGCGUCAAGGUCAAGGUCAUCGCGGCAGGCGGCGGCGGGGCCCUCGAGAGCUCGGACGGCACACAGGAAGACGGGCACGCGCCGGCUGCCGGGGACAAGGGCCCCUCAGAGUACGACCUGGCGAAGCAGGGGCUGCAGGUGGCAGCCCAGGCGUCGCCAGGGCGCGUGCGGCGGCAGGCCAUGGCCAUGGAGUCGGUAGUGGCGGCGCUGGGCAGCGACUCGGAUUCCGGCGCGCCGCGCGCAGGCUCCGCGCCCAACUCGGCCGGCGGCACGCCGCCGCGGCGGCCGGGGCGGCUGCCAGCGGCGCUGCUGCAGCUCCAUGGGCCGCAGCCGCUGGGACGCCAGCCAACGGCGGCGGCAGCCUUGGAGCAGCACCAGCAGCAGCAGCAGCAGCAGCAGCAGCAGCAGCAGCAGCAGCAGCAGCAGCAGUGGAGCGGCGCGGCUGGGAUGCCUCGUGCUGGUGGCCCUCUGCACCCACUGACAAGUGCGCGGCAGCAGCAGCAGCAGCAGCAGCAGAAGCAGCAGGAGCAGGAGCAGCAGGCGGAGGAGGUGGAGGACGGCUCGCAGGAAGUGGAGCACGAGGAGGAGCGGGGGAGGGCGUCUGCCCCCCUGGACGAGGUCGAGCUGCAGCUGCGCGACUCCCCACGCUGCGCUCGCUCGCGCUCUCGCUCCCGGUCGCCGGUGAGGAUCUCACUGGACGGCGGGGGCGGGGGCGGGGCUGGUGCGGACGGCGCGUUCUGCAGCGGCUGCCUGCUGGGGGAAGGCGGCGGUGUCCCGUGGAUGCAGCAGCCGCAGCAGCAGCCGGCAGCGCCGCAGGCUAGGGCGGGCAGCUGCGAGCUCGCCGGCGCCUCGCCCGGCGGCGUCGCUCACCUGCUCGCGACCGGCCGCUGCGUGAGCGCGCCGCCCGGCCCCACCGCUGGACCGCCGUCGCCCGCGGCGCGGCGCGUCUCGGGCAGCCUCGUGCCGGCUGUGGUGCGGCUCGUCCCCUUGGCGCCCUUCAGCCAGAGCACAGACGACGACGAGGGCGCCGCCGGCCCUGCCUUCGCAUCUCAAGCGGCCCCGGCAGCCGGCACGUCGCAAGCGGCCCCCGCGGCUUCCGGCGCGGCUGCGCUGCUUGACGGCAGCGGCCCCGCCGACGCAGCAGCGGCCGUGGGCAGCCGCCGCGCCAGCAAGGCUGUGCGGUUCGGCGAAUACGCGGAGCAGCUCGAGUUCGACGCCGCCGGGGCCGCCGGGGACAGCGACGGCGGCAGCAGCGUGAUCUCGUUUACUGAGGAGCAGCUGCUGGAUGCGCAGGGGGACGACGAGAUCACCACCUACAGCGCGCACCUCGGGGGCGACGGCAUCGACGGCUACAUCGCGCUCGGCGGCGGCGGCGGCGGCGGCGGCGGAGGCGGAGGCGACGGCAGGGCAGAGCGGCAGAGUUCGGCGCGGGCAGGCGGCGAAGGCUGGGGCGGGUGCGCUUGCGCGGAGGAUGGUGAGGAGGCGCGGGCGUGUGCCGGGCCUGAGGUUGAGGCGGUGGGAUUUGGUGAGGGCGGCGGCGCCGACACCUCUGGCGUGGGUGCUGUGUGCGGGGGCCGCGGCGCUUCUGGCAAGCAGCAGAAGCAGCAGCAGCAGCAGCAGCAGCAGCAGCAGCAGCAGCAGCAUGAGCAGCAGCAGCAACAGCAGCAUCAGGGCCGCCGCAUCCAAGCCGCCGCCGCCGCUGCGGACGGCGCCCCCGGCGCGUUCGAGCCGGUGGCGCUCUCCGACGCCGCGGCGGCGCUGCGGCCUGCGGCGGCGGAAGCAGAGUACCGGCUGCGGGUCUACACGGGCGACCGCCUGUCGGGCGGCCUCGCCGCCGGCCAGCGGAUCCAGAUCGAGCUGCGCGGCGAGGACGGCCGCUUCGCGUCCCACGAGCUCCCGCGCGCCAAGGGCGCCUUCUCCCGCGGCCGCGUCGACGCGUUCACGCUGCGGGGCGGCCGGCUGGGGCGGCUGGGGGCGCUGGCGGUGUGGCACGAGCCGGGGGGGCCGGCGCUGGGCGGCGGGUGGAGCUGCGAGGCGGUUGAGCCGGGGGGGCCGGCGCUGGGCGGCGGGUGGAGCUGCGAGGCGGUUGAGGUGGAGGACCGCCACAAGGGUGAGACGUACCGCUUUGUCAACCCGGCCAAGGAGGGCUGGCUCUUCAGGGGCCGACACAAUGCCGUCACGCUCGUGCCACAGCUUCCUGGCCAAGCCGACCGCAUCCAAGAUUGA